UUCUUCUCAUCACGAGAUUUUCUCUCCCUCACCUUACAUUGCAUCUUCCUCCUCGCGCUUUCUUUCUCUUCUUCCCCGGGAGACGCGGGAUUCAACGCUGCUCUGUUUUUUUCCCCCAAUUCUUCCAAGUUAUAAUUUUUUUCUCUCUAUCUCCUGUUUGGUUGGGAGGAAAUUUUCGAUUUUUCUUUUUCUUUUUCUUUUUUUAGGUUCCAUUUCUAUAUUUGGGAUGCCUUCGUUUUCGUUCCCAAUCGUAUUGAGUUUUGUCUCAUUGAUUGGGAUGGAGGAUAAUCUUUCUUCUUCUUCUUCUUUUCCUUUUUCUGCUACUGGGUUUUGAUUUUUUUUUUUUGCUGAAAAAUUCGAGAAAUUUGACAGCGUAGAGGAGAAGAGACGGGAGCUUCAAGGCAAUAGCGUCUGUAGAACGUGAUAGCAAUAAAAUAAUUAAAGCCAAGAAAAUUUUGACGUCGUCAUGGUUCGAAGCUCGUGGGUUUUCCGAUUUUGACGAGAAAAUUGGGGAUAAAAAGAGGGGAAAAAAAAUAUCCGGAACCCAUUUGGGAUUCAGACAGAGAAUCAGAAAAAUCCGAGGAUGUUUGGGACCCAGAGCAAGAGGGACCUUGCCCUUGAACUGCAAGCCCAGAUUCCGAUCCUCCGGCCGAGCAUCCACGCACGGCGUGCGAACCUCACCGUGAAAUUCCAGGACCUGUACGGAUUCACGGUGGAGGGAAAUGUGGACGACGUGAAUGUGUUGAACGAGGUGAGGGAGAAGGUGAGGAACCAGGGAAGAGUUUGGUGGGCCCUCGAGGCGAGCAAGGGCGCGAACUGGUAUCUCCAGCCGGAGAUCCUGUCGGUUUCAGACGGGAUUGCGUUGAAAUCGUCGCUGAAGAUCUCGACCUUGACUAAUGCGAUCACGCUGAAGAGGCUGAUCAGGAAAGGGAUUCCUCCGGUGCUCCGACCGAAGGUGUGGUUCUCACUGUCGGGUGCGGCGAAGAAGAAGUCGACCGUGCCGGAGAGUUAUUACAGUGACUUGACCAAGGCCGUCGAUGGGAAGGUCACGGCGGCGACGCGGCAGAUCGAUCAUGACUUGCCCCGGACGUUCCCCGGUCACCCGUGGUUAGACACUCCGGAAGGUCAUGCCGCUCUUAGACGGGUGCUUGUCGGGUAUUCCUUCCGUGACUCUGAUGUUGGUUAUUGUCAGGGCCUAAAUUAUGUUGCAGCAUUGUUAUUACUCGUCAUGAAGACGGAAGAAGAAGCAUUCUGGAUGCUCGCUGUCCUGUUGGAGAACGUGUUAGUCAAUGACUGCUACACAAACAACUUGUCCGGAUGCCAUGUCGAGCAACGGGUUUUCAAAGAUUUUCUUACCAAAAAAUGUCCUCGGAUAGCUACCCAUCUCGAAGACAUUGGCUUCGAUGUUUCGCUUGUGGCAACCGAAUGGUUUUUAUGCCUCUUCUCGAAAAGUUUGCCUUCCGAGACGACUCUUCGGGUAUGGGAUGUUCUUUUCUACGAAGGAGCGAAGGUUCUUAUCCAUGUAGCUUUAGCGAUGUUCAAGAUGAAAGAAGAUGCAUUGCUUCUUACCCACCAGGUCGGCGACGUGAUCAAUAUUCUGCAGAAAACUACUCACCAUCUCUUCGACCCAGACGAGUUAUUAACGGUGGCAUUUGAUAAAAUCGGGUCAAUGACGACCAACACCAUAUCGAAGCAGAGGAAGAAGCAAGAACCAGCAGUAAUGGCAGAACUCGACCAGAGACUGCGGAGGCUGAACUCUCUGAAAGAGGGAGAGAAAUAGCAGAGCUCGAGCCCGAGCCCCGAGACGGCCCAAUAAAACCGAAAGGAGGAGGAAGAAACUUGUCGGGACCGGACCCUGACUGAGAAGUGUAUAUGAGAGAGUUUCCAAGAAGGGAUUUGCUUUUGCCCCUCAGGAUGAUUUCAAGUACAUAAAGAACAUAAUUUUCAAUCACUUUUUUAAUUUUAAUUUUUCCUUAUUUAAAUUACUUCAAUCUUCUUGUGGAAAACCGAAUUAAACCGAACCGAACCCGGAUCAAUAAUCAUUCUCUUUGUUGUUUUGUUCACAUCCUCCCAAUUGGUGAGAUGGUAAAAAAAGAAAAUGUAAAGUAGAAAACCCUAAAACGUGUAUUGGCUC